AUGAAGUUCCUCUCCUCCGUCGUCGCCCUCGCCGCCCUCGCCGCCUUCAGCUGCUUCACCUCUAACUCGGUUGAAGCCCAUUCGUGGCUCGUGAAGCCGGUAUCCCGGGAGACUGGGCCUCGCACGACCGACGGCACUGUGGGCUGCCCCAAUACGACACCCGGCACGGUAACCUCGUUCUCUCCUGGCGAGACCAUCGACGUCCGCUACUGGCGCAACAACCACCUCGGCGGAUUCAUCCGCUGGGCCAUCUCGCCGGUGGGCAGCGAGUCCGCCUCCGACUUCGACGACAACGUCUUCUUCUACACGUGCCGCGAGUCUGGACCAGACUGCGUGGCUGCCGAUGGCUCGACGAGUCGAUAUGCUGGAGACAAUAGCAACGCCAACUCCAUUUCCUGCGGUGACACGAUCACUCUGCCCGAUUGGCUCGACGAGGGCGACUACGUGCUCCAAUGGGUCUGGUUUGCGGUGGGCUCCAGCUACGGCAACAUUGGCUGGGCCGAGCCGCAGUUCGUGUCGUGUGCUGACAUCACACUAACGUCGACGGGCUCGGGCAGAGAGCCCGAGUGCCCGACCUUCGUGGGGGGAGAUCGAGUGACCAAGAACGAGGACUUGGGCAACGACGAGUGCUUCUACUUCUACACCAACUCGAUCGAGUCGACGCAGUUCAAGGGGAGCAACGACAACUACGAGCAGUACUAUGUCUUCGGCAAACCCUCUUACGUUGAGAACUGCAGUGGGAGUUCCAAUGGGGCGGGGAACUCUACGAUGGCAACUGAGACUCCGUCCACCACCAUUCCAGCUGAAAUCCCUCAGACGGACACUCCUACGACUGAGUACCCCACGAACACCCCCUCCACUGAGAACAGUGUGGCGGGUGACGCUAGUGCGCCUCCAACUGAAGACUACCCCGCUGGAACUGUCACGCCUGGAGGCUGCAAGAGCAAGAAGAGCAGAUCGGUUCGCAGUUGA